AAACGAGCUAACCCCGAGCUAAGUAGGAAGUGACAGAAGAAGAUUCCAGGCAAAACAGAAACAACCGUGUUUACCGAGCACGGCGGAGGGCGAGAGAGCCCAGCGUCUUCUGUAGAGGAGCACAUACUCUGUAUUUUUAGAAACAGUUAAAUCUCACAGCUGUGCUACAGGUUUAACGAUGUAUUAUUUUACCACCGAGAGACGAACACUGGCCACUUGGGUGUUUUUUGGUGCCUUCCUGCUGAGUGUUAGCUUUGUUAGCCAGGGGGAAUGCCAAAUAACUCCACUUCCACCAACCCCGUGCUCUGCCCACAGGAUCUGUGACAACUGUGUUCCUCAUGCCAAGUGCCUGUGGUGCUUCACCACCAACAACUGCACGGAGUACCCAGUGAGCUGGCUGCUGCCCCCCGCCUCAGUGUGCCAGCUGUCCCAGGCCCGCUGGGGGGUGUGUUGGCUUAACUUUGAAGCCCUGAUCAUUACCCUGGCUGUCAUUGGUGGAGUCAUCCUCCUCAGCAUUGGGGUAUGCUGCUGCUGCUGCUGCUGCUGCCGCAAGAAGAGACGCUCAAGGCCUGACAGAGAUGAUGAGAGAGUUAUCGCGAGGAGGGAGGAGAUCAAACAGCGCGCUGAGGAACGGACUGUUGAGAGAAAGGAGAGGCACGACCAGAUCCGCAAGAAGUAUGGUCUGAUGAGCGACUCGGACCACCCGUACAGCAAGUUUGAGAACGAGUAACGCCGCUGCUCUGGAGACGUUCCACAGGCAGCCUGUGGAGCGGAGCCUUCUCUUUAUAUAGACAAAUCACUUUCAAACUUUUCAUAUUUUCGAGGGAUGUUGAAGCUAGGUUAAUUAAGGUUCUUUAGUCCUCUGAAUGUUCGUUCUAUAAGCUGUCUCUUUUUAAAUAUUGUAGUUUCAUAUCAGCUUUGCACUUUGUACAUACAGUAUUGAUUUAAGAAAUACAUCAUGAUUGUACCGCAGAUGUGUUCUGACACAUGAAAUAAAAUGUUCCUCUUUCAAACA